AUGCCCAGUGUAGUAUCGGAGGCCCAUGUGGCCAAGUUGCAAUUGGUGGUGUUUUCGUCUGAGGUCUGCGAUUUUGCCUACGGACCUGCUGCGCUCUUUCGCCGGCUCCGCACGGCCCCAGUUUCGCAGCGCGCGGCGCUGCUGGCACAACACUCCUCACGCUGCCGUGAUGCCGUGAUCCUGGACGCAGAUGGUAACCCACUUUCCUGUCGACUCAUGGUCAACAUCCACGCAGACCUCUCGUCAAAGCUUGUGUUCGAAAGUGUCAAGGGCAAGAUUGCGCAGUGCGUUCCGCGUGGAUUCGGACGGUACCUGCGCCAGCCUGAAGUUCCCCAUGUCAUUGACUGCGAGGAGGUGGCCUGUAUUAUGACGGACCUGGCCAACACAACACGCUUUGCGGCCACUCAUCCUCCACGGAGGAUGGCCGAGCUCCUGCACCAGGUCUAUGUUACUGCCAACGCAGUGGUCCAGAGAGAGGCGCAUCCCUACGUCUACAUCCAUGAGGCAGUUGGUGACAGCUUACUUCUGCUUUGCAAUGCAGAGUUCAUGGCGCGAUAUCCAGGCCGGACGGCUUCGAUAGCCAUCUACGUCGCAGCCGAGGUGCAGAGAGCUGUGGACGAGAUGCUGUCAGUCUUUGCAGGCGGCGAUCAUGGAAUGUACAUGCGGACUGGAAUUGCCUUGGGACCCUUGUGUGCUGGAGUGGUGGAUGGUCGCAACUUCCGUGUAUUUGGAUCGACGAUCCACCUCUCCCAGCGUUUGGAAUCCGUAUGCCCACGUUCGCGCAUUGCCUGCCUGGGGCUCAGCCUGGCUCAGCCACUGCGAUGGGCUCUAUGGAGACCCUGCAAAGUCAGCUUAGGGUUUAGGGUUUAG